GGGCGGGCUCGGAGUCAGGCCCUCGGGAGAGCUGGUUUUUCUCGUCUCUGCUGCCUGAGUCACGGGAGCUUGUGCGCCCCAGGCCCCCCCCUUCGCCCGGCCUGCGAUGAGGCAGCUGCGUGGAGGGAGAUCCAGGCUCCCCGCGGCCGGCCCAGGAGAAUCCAGCUGGUGCUGAACCACGCGGGAGAGCCAGAGGGGCGUGGGCACUGUGCGUGCGCGCCUGCGGGGGCGGGCAGAGGGGCUGACGUGUGCAUCAAGUUCAUCGAGCCUCAACCCAGGUGCCACCAUGGCCUCCCAGACGCACCCCCUGCAUUCCUCACCUCCCUGCCCUACCUCCAAUGGCGGCACGGGGGCCAGAGGUGGGGAGCCGGCGGGCAGCCCUAGGACAGGUGACACUCGCCUGAAGCCGCCGGUCGGGCCCAAACCCCGCACGCUGCCCAAGCCGGCUGUACCAGCCAAGCCCUGCACCCCGCCGCCAUCCCCUGGGUCGCGGCCCCCCCGCCUCGAGUUCCCCUCUGCCGAGAAGAUCAACCUGCUGGCGGGUCCCAAGCCGUACAGUGGCAGCAGCACCUCCCUUAAACGCCUGUCCUUCAGCCUCAAGAGCCCCCCAGCGGAGACCUCCACUGUGAAGGGGGCACCGCCACCCGCAGUCAGAGCCCUGCCCUCUACCACAGAAGAGAGAUCGCUGGCUCCUGUGACGCCCCCUGCGGGGGGGCCCCUAGGAGUUCUCAAGGGCGCUGCCCUGUUCAAAGUGAAGCCAGUGCCGGUGGUGGCCAAGCCGGAGCGCUUCCCCGGAACCACGGUGGAAGAGAUCUUGGCCAAGAUGGAGCACCCCCGCAAAGAAGGUCCGGGCAGUCCCGACCUGGCCUGGGGCCGGCGCUCAACCUUCAGCCCUGACAGCAGCUCCCGCUUCGGGCCCAAAAGCUAUGCCGCCUUCUGGAGACACCCUAGUGCUGAGGGAGGGGAAGGUGACGCUGUCACCCCUGGCUUUGAGGCCUCCUGGGAAUCUGGGUCCCCGGAAGCUCAGGAGAGAAGAGCGUCCUGUGGCGACAAGCCGGUCGCUGGCAGGACGAAGAGAGAAGGAAGCCCGAGUCCCAUUGGAGAACGCCCGCCAGAGCCCCCAGACGGAGAAGCAGAGCGAGACUCUGGCACAGCCUCCAGGAACAGUGGCUCUUCCCCGGCCAGCGCCAACUGCGACGGGGACCAGUCCGGACGCAGGAAGCCGCCAUCCCCCCCUGGUUUCUCCUUGGCCCGGACCUGCCCCAUCCCCGUGGCUCCUGCUGAGCUCCCACUUGGGCCGGCCCCCGGCACCUCUGCUGGCCUUGCCCGGGCCCCAGGGGCCCCCAUCCUUCCUGCCGAGCAUCCUGCCUCAGCCCCAGGGUCCCCCGCUGUGCCUGUCGAGCUCCCUGCACUUGGCUCCACCCCUACCGACACUGAGCUCCCCUCCAAGGUCGGGCCUGGCUUCCCAGGCACCCCAGAGUCUCUGGCUAAGAUCCCCAUAGGACUGUUUCCGGCCCCCGGUGCCCCAGACGCUCCAGCUGAGCCCUGCCGCAGAAUCUCCCGCUCCCUGGGGUCUCUGGAGGUUCCUGGUGAGGGGUCCCCACCUCCAUCUAGUCUCCCCGCAGGCCUGGCACCAGGCACUCCGGAUGCCUCCACAGAGCUCCCUCAUAGCCCCCCUGCAGUGCAGGCCCUGUCACCAGGCCCCCCUGAUGCCCCUGCCAAGCUCCCCCACAGCUCCCCUACAGGGCAGGCCAUGGCACCAGGCUCCCCUGAUACCCCUGCCAGGUUCCCCCACAGCCCCCCUGCAGGGCGGGCCCUAGCACCAGGCGCCCAUGAUGCCCCCACAGAGCUCACCCACAGCCCCCCUGCAGGGCGGGUCCUGGCACCAGGCCCCCCUGAUGCCCGUGCUGAGCUGCCCCCCAGAAUUACUCACUCCCCAGGGGCCCCCGAAGCGCCUGUUUCAUCCCCAGAGACCCCCAAUCUGUGUCCUAAGCUCCCCACCAGAGUCUCUCGGUCUCCGGGGUCCCCUGAUAGACCUGCUGAGUCCCUGGUGUCCCCAUAUAGCCCCCCAUCUCCUGAGCGGGGCUCCCCUUCACCCCUCAGCGAUGCGGAGCCAUGUGCGGGGCCUGCACCAGCGGACGAGAGCCUCCGGUGUCCACAGCUGGGGCUACGGCGCUCCUCAGACGGGGUGGUGCAGCUGCCAGACAAGGGGCUAGGAAUGGGGGUGCUGGGGGGCUCCCUGGCUGCCCUGCCUCGGGGAGGGCCCCCUCACUCCGGGCCACCCCUGGAGGGCGAGUCCAACUGGUCCCUGUCGCAGUCGUUUGAGUGGGCGUUCCCAUCCCGGACUGCGGAGUGGGAGCCCCCCAGGUCCCCCAUCAGAGAGGCGGAUGACUCCGGCCUCUCUGAGCAGGGGGACUCGGAUGGGGAGGGCCUGGCCCCCACCCCCAAAGGGUCUGAGGAAAGGAGCAGCUCAGAGAGGCUGGAUUGGCAGGACGCCGAGGCUGCUGGGAGCUCUGCCCACCUAGAUGGUGCCACGGGGGCCCCAUGUGAUCAGGGAGCAACUGAGGUGGGAGGCACGGAGGCCACAUGUCCUGGAGGCCCCGUGGCAGAAACGGAGCCGGCCGUGGCUGAGCUGAAGGGCCCUGCAGUGGUGGAUGAGGCGGGCACUGUCUGGGAGGAGCAGGGCAGGCCACUCCUGGAUGCCCCCCUGCGUCUGACCGAGCCGAAACCAGGCCAGGAGAGAGCCGCCCUCAUCCUGUUGUCUGACACUCCCCGGCCAGCUGGUGCCAACCGAUGCCAGGAGGACAACUUGGUGCUGGGCCUGGCGCCGGUGAGGAGCUGCCAGGAGGGCCCGAGGCCGGGCGAGGAGGGUUCUGAGCCGCAUCCCAAUGCCCGCUGGCUGGAUGAGCUGCUGGCAUCGCCCCCGCCCAGUGCUGAUGAGACCAAGAGAAAGGGCACGCCUGAGCCCAGGGACCCUGCAGGGCCAGAGGAUCUCCUGGGCUGGUCGCGGAAGGAUCUGUGCAGCGAGUUCGGCAUCAGAGGGGCCCACCGGGCUGGUGAGUUUGGCUGGGCCACAGAUCCAGGCACGGGGAAGACCGACUGGCCCGGCAGUUACAGAGCCAGUGAGACGGAGCAGGAUCGGGAGUUUGGCACCGGCACACAGGACUGGAGCGGUGCAUACAAAGAGACGGAGCUGCUGGGCGAUUCCAGUGUGGGCCACGGAAACUGGCCCGACGCCUACGGCAUGGGGGACGGUUGCCAGAAGGACGGGGAGUUCAGCCCCAGUAAGCCAGACUGGAGCAGCCAAUACAACACCGGUGGUGCUGACAGCCCGGAUGGGGAGUUCAGUACCAGGAAACUGGACUGGACCAGCACCUACGGCAUUGGGGACGGUGCCCAGCAGGACAAGAGGUUCAGUACCAGCAAGCCGGACUGGACCUGUGAGCACAGUGUCGGUGAUACAGCCCGGCAGGACAGAGACUUCGGUACCGGCAAGCCAGACUUGGCCUGUGAGCACAGUGCCGGUGAUACCGACCAACAGGAUAGAGAGUUCGGUACCGGCAAGCCAGACUGGACCCGCCAGCCCGGUGUCGGUGAUACAGCCUGGCAGGAUAGAGAGUACGGCACCAGCAAGCCAGACUGGACCCGCCAGCCCGGUGUCGGUGAUACAGCCUGGCAGGAUAGAGAGUACGGCACCAGCGAGCCAGACUGGACCUAUGAUCAUGGUGGUGGUAAUACAGACCAGCCGGAUAGAGAGUUCGGUACCAGCAAGCCAGACUGGAUCAACAUGUACGGUGUUGGAGAUACAGACCAACAGGACAGAGAGUUGGGUACCAGCAAGCCAAGCUGGCCCCUCGAGCACGGUGUCGGAGAUACAGACCAACAGGACAGAGAGUUGGGUACCAGCAAGCCAGGCUGGCCCCUCGAGCACGGUGUCGGAGAUACAGACCAACAGGAUAGAGAGUUGGGUACCAGCAAGCCAGGCUGGCCCCUCGAGCACGGUGUCGGAGAUACAGACCAGCCGGAUAGAGAGUUCGGUACCAGCAAGCUAGACUGGCCCCUCAAGCACGGUGUCGGAGAUACAGACCAACCGGAUAGAGAGUUGGGUACCAGCAAGCUAGACUGGACCCGUGAGUACGGUAUCAGUGAUACCAACCAUCAGGGUAAGGAGUUUGGUGCUGGGAAGCCAGCCUGGACCCAGGACUGCAGUGCCAAGACCAAUGAGCAGGGUAGAGAGUGGACCUGCGAAUACGAUGUUGGCAAUACCACCCAGCAGGACAAGCCAGAUUGGACCUGCGAGUUCGGGGUCGGUGAUGGUGCCCGGCAGGACAGAGCUUUCAGCCCUGACAAACCAGCUUGGCUUGGUGAAUAUGGCGUUCACCAUACAGACCGGGAGAGUGCCUUUGGCUCUGGUGUUGGAGACUCCGACAGCGCGGCCCAAGAGCCUGGUGCCGGGAAGCCUGGGUGGAGCGGCACCGACUGGCAGGAGAGCAAGUUCCCCUUCGCUAGAAGGGAUUGUGCCAGUGAUUUCAGGAUCAGAGGAGCUGAGCACGAAAGCCAGUUCGGCGUCAUUGGGACUGAGCGGGCGGGUGGCUUUGGCUUGAGCACUUUGGAUCCAUCUGGUGCCGUUGGGACCCUGGGCCCAGCAGAGCUUGGAGAGACCCGGACUGACUGGGCUGGCUAUACCAGGACUGUGGACCUGGAUGAGCCGAGAGAGGCUGGUGUGGGGCAGUCCGACUGGACCCAAGAGCUAGGCCUCAGUGGCACAGAUCCCUCUGUCGGCCUGGGAGCAAUCCGUCCUGAGGAGCCCAGCAGGGGAUGGAUGGACUGGACAAACGAACUGAGCGUGAGCAGCAUGGAUCCCUCCAGCAGUCUGAGGGUGGGGGGCUCCGAUACACCCAGAGAGCCUGGCGUGGGGCAGCCAGAUGGGGCCAGUGACCUUGGCCCGGGAGGCCCAGCCACAGCCAGUGGCUUUGAGAGCAUGGGCCCGGCAGAGACCAGAGUGAGACAGACUGACUGGAGCCGUGAGCUUGGCUCUGGGGAUGAGGGCUCCGCUGAGACCAGGGAGGCUGGAGCAGGGCAGAUGGACUGGGCCAGCGAGGUCGGGAUCGUACAUGGGAAACAAACCUAUGCCACAGCCAUGGCUGGCUUGGAGCCACAUGGAGACAGCAGUGGCUCCAACAGCCCCCGGCUCUCCGGCCCGAGCCCCCUGCUGGAAGAGAUGUUGGCCAAGGCAGCAGCCCAGCGCAGGAGCACCGGAGAGGAGAGGGGGCCACUUCCUGCCCCCGACGCCCACACGCCCCCCUCGCCGCAGGAGGAGGAUGGCGGGCCCCGGCCCGAGGGGGAUGGCGCGCCCAGCCCAUCGGAUGCCACGGAUGGGGGCUGGCUGCCGACAGAGGCGAGGCGGCUGAGCCAGCCAGGGCGCCACGUGAGCGAGCCCUCCCCACCAGGCGAGGACUUCGCCUUCCUGGAGGACAUGGAAGUUCUUGACAGCGCCAUCUACCGGAGCAGAGCCAACCUGGGCCGCAAGCGAGGUCACCGGGCGCCAGCCACGCGCCCCGCAGGCAGCCUGGGGCUGUCUGAGGUGGAGGCGGCCGACUGGAUGUUCCGGGACUCCACAGAGCCCAGAACGGUGCGCUGGGCAUCCUCAGACGAGGAGAUGGUGGAGGAGCCCCAGAGCAGGCGGGCACGGCCCUCGCCGGUGGCCAAGGGGAUGAAGGUGCCGCUCUUCCCGGGCCUGAACACCUCAGCUCUCAAGGCUAAGCUGCGGGGCCGGAACCGCUCUGCAGAAGAGGGGGCCCAGCUGGGGGAGGCCAAGCCAGCCACGCCCAAGGAGCCCCACGUCCAGCGCUCCAAGUCCUGCAAGAUCCCCGGCGUGGGGGGGAAACCCCUGGUGCUGCCCCCCAAGCCAGAGAAAUCCUCAGGGUCAGAUGCUGCCUCGCCCCACUGGCUGCAAGUGCUGAAGCUGAAAAAGAAGAAAUCCUGAUGGCCCCGUUCAGGCAUUUCUCUCCUGCUGCUGGGGCUGGGACAGCUGACUCUCCAAAGAGGCUCGUCGGGGUGGAAGGGACGGCGCAGUGAUUGGAGACCACCCACCCACUGUGCACAGCUGGGACCCCCGGCAGGGCAGUUUGGGGGUGGGACUGGGGGCAGGGGAGGCACAUCUAUGCACUUUGUAUCAUGCUCGCUCCCUGAGCUGCGGGGUCCCUCUGUCCCUGCCCCCGCAAGCUGGCUGCUUCCUUCGCUCUCUCCUUUAUACCAUGUACCUAGUCUAAAGCCUCUAUUAUUUUGUAAUCGGUGACAGGGCCUGGCCCUGAUCCUUCCUCCUUCCCCACUGAGCUGGGGGCGGGGGGAGCCCUGGGGCCAGAGCGUUCGCUCGCUCUCUGCUGCUAUCCUACACUUUCCUGGCCAAGAGCAAUGGAUUAUUUUUUCUAUGCCACUUGAUGAGACAAUAAACAAUUUCAGGUAA